AUCAAAUAUUAACAUUGUCGUCCCCUCUCUUCCGCGUAUUGUGAGCGAGAGGAAAGGCGGUUGAGCACAUGUGAAGGUUGUACGCCAAUUCGCAACCUACAGUAUCAUGGAGGAGAAGGUGGGGGCGGCCGCUAGUGCACGAGACUGGAGAAUGGUGGGGUACACUCUAGCCAAGCCUUUGCCCAUUGCAACUAUUCCUCUAUCAACUAUUGCUCGAUCUAUAUAUCUGGAUGAAUAAGUGUUUGAUAGUAUGAAUCGAUAUAUAUUAUUGGAUUUGAUACUCAUCGUUUUGUCCCCAAGAGAGAGUUACCUCUCUAGUAUGCGGUGAAAUCGUAUUACUCACGCACUAUAUUGGAAGCACCUAAAGUACAAAACGCUCGUCCCUCGUCGAACUCCACAUCCCAUGGAAGGUUCGAAUGUUCCAUGGGUACUCGCGCAACCGAUCCGGGGGGCUUAAAGAAGAGAUGAUUUUCUGUGGCACACACACUUCUCCAACGCACAGAGUUGCAAUCUAACAGGAGGAGCAAAACGUGGCAUCGACUAUGCUGACUAUAGCGAGGCAAAUUCAUACAAUCCACGAAAACUCGCGAUGACAAGGGAAAGCCCAGACUUGGCACAUGUGCGGGGGGACUGGGCGAGAUCAUCCUCACAAAGCGUAGUAUAUUGUGGUGAGACGUUGUGCUGAUGCGCUCUCAGACUCGAGAUGUAUUUCCCUUCGCAAAUUGGUUGUCCCACUUGGACCCCUUCAAAAUACUGGACCUUCAACACAUCAGACCCUGAAGAAGUGAAGAUCAGAACGAUGAACGAAGCGUUGUGUGGGGUAGGAGUGGAGGCAGCUGUACUAUACCAAAGUAUACUAACUCCUACUCCAGUAGUGACUGCAGUCGACUAGCAACAGUAACUGGCUGGCGCGCCCGGCGCAUCUCCACAAUCGGCACGACGCUGGGGUUUUCCUGGCGUUCCCAGUCAAGACGCCGUCGAUAUCACAUCGUUGAUGGGUGGAUAUUUUCCCCAAGGCGACGGAGCCACCACAGAGAACUGAAGUGCUGAAGUAUGAGGGCAUGUACUUUGUAGUGCAUGUAGCUAUAAUUCUCCUAUUGGGCCUUGUCUGCUUCCUCUUCCCCUUCCCCGUCGUGGUGCCGUGUCUGGAGAAGUACAGUCAGGUACCUACGAUGCAUCCCCGGAUUACUAUGCUGUACAUGCGUACACAACUUUACAUCUCCACCAGUAUUAUUAUGGGGCUAUUCCGACAGUGAGACCCGAAUUUGCACUUACUGAGGUCUAUGAGAGUGCAUAUAUUCCACUACACAGUACAGCAGAUUUACAGUUUUGCGCCGCACCACCGUACUGUACUGAGCAUACAUAUAGUACCAUACAUACUUUGUACUCUACAGGACCAACUACCGGAUGGGCUGGCCGACCGACCACUUCUUUUCCCCUCCUUCGGCGUACAUUUACCUUCACUUCUUGUGAUUCCCUCUACACUGUGCCCUCUUCAACACUUGUCGAAUCCCAGCCGCCGCGACCUCGUCACCUCGUUUCGUGGUCCUCUGUGUUUCCCCGCUUAUCAGUACCCGUGGAAACAUCAAAGGGUCGAAUUCUCUCGACCGACAUCGCUCCCCAUGCGUCCCGCCAGCGAGCCUGCGAACGCUAUGUUCCAUACAUUUCAAGGCCUUGCUCCACCGCGACCUGCUGCCGAGGUGGCCCAGGAAGCUCCGAAGCCCCCAGCGAAUGGAAACUCGAAGAGAAUAACGACCCCUCAUGCCUGUGCUGAAUGCAAACGGCGCAAAAUUCGAUGCGAUGGGAGGCAGCCCUGCGGACAAUGCUUGGGGUGUCGUUCUCCGAAGCCGUGCUACUAUGACAAGCACAGGCAGAGAGUAAUACCCUCGCGGAAAACUCUCGAUGCACUGCAACAGUCGCUAGACGAAUGCCGCUCUAUUCUAAAGAAGCUAUACCCCAACACAGAUGUCCAGUCAUUAUUACCACUAUCACGGCAUGAGCUCGUUUCGAUCCUCGAUCAUCGCGCGAGUGCGGCGUCCAUAUCCCAGACCUCACCAGCGGGCUCCAUGAACUCUGCAACGACACAGGAAUAUCGAUCACCCAACAGCUCGGGCGUGGAAGAGGACAGAAGCCUUGCAACCCUCGAACAAAUACCAAGCCAGGACACAGAAUGGGAUGAGGAGAGGCGGAAUCGGGAGGCUAUACCCUCCGAGUCUGACGAUGUGAACGCCUUGUCACUCUCAGUGGACCGGCAAUCGUCGUAUCUGGGGGCAUCCUCGAUCAAAGCUGCCCUUAUGGUUAUGGUCAAGGUAUCCCCGAGGUUACGAUCGUAUCUCAUGCCACCAACGGCGGAAAAUCGACGCACAGUUCAGGUCCGACAGAGCAACAAUCCAAACCCGCGACACAAUCCGACACCUCGGCCGUCUUCCCGGAUAGCCUGGUCUUCGGAGGGGCAGACUCUUAUCGACGCGUACUUCAACAGAGUUCAAAUUUUCAUUCCUAUGCUUGAUGAGCCAUCCUUUCGAGCCGAUUACCUGGGUGGUCAACGCCAUGAUUCCCCAUGGCUUGCCUUAUUAAAUAUGGUAUUUGCCAUGGGCAGCAUUGCAGCGAUGAAAUCGGAUGACCACAAUCACAUGAACUUUUACGAGCGAUCUCGGGACCAUCUCAACUUGGAUUGCUUUGGAGAAGGGCAUUUGGAAACUCUACAGGCCUUGAUAUUGACAGGAGGCUAUUAUCUACACUAUAUCAAUCGACCAAAUAUGGCGAAUGCCAUUACUGGUGCUGCUUUGCGGAUGGCAUGUGCACUUGGCCUCCAUCGAGAGCAUGGCGUAGAUGUGAAUGGCGGUGAAAGAGAGAAGAUGCUAGCCGAUUUGCGGCGUCGAACAUGGUGGAGUUUAUUCUGUCUAGACACUUGGGCGUCAAUGACCCUCGGACGCCCUUCACUGGGUAGGUUGGGUCCAGCGGUCACCAUCCGACCACCCGAGGGCGCCAAUGAUGCUAAUGAAAACUCCACCACUGGCCAACACAUCCGCGUAGUUCCCCUGAUUGAGAACAUCAAGUUCGCCAGGAUAGCCACUCAGAUCCAAGACACAAUGGCUCUAUCCCCUCUCCCCCGUGCAGAGGAACGCAGCAAACUCGAUGCGCAACUCGUCGAAUGGUCCGACAAACUCCCCUGGGUCCUGCGCUCCACAGACCCCUGCCCAGAAGCCCUAUAUACAGCGCGCUGCGUGCUGAAAUGGCGAUACCAGAACAUACGCAUUGUGCUCCACCGCCCCGUGCUUCUCAACCUCGCCAACCGCGGCGCAAACUACCACCCCACAGUCGAGGAACUCAGUGCCGUCGAGCUUUGUCGCGCGAUGGCUAAGCAAACUAUCGAUGACAUCUCCCGAGAGUGGACGCAGAACCAGAUGUCCGGCUGGAAUGCGGUGUGGUUCAUGUACCAGGCGUCUAUGAUCCCUCUAGUCAGCAUGUUCUGGGAGAGCGGGAACACGUCUAUGGUGAGGGAAUGGCAACGCCAGAUCGAGAUUGUGCUGGAGUGCUUUGCCGACAUGGCGGACUGGAGUCUGGCUGCGAGGCGGAGCAGGGAGGUAGUCGGCCGGAUGUAUGAGGCGAGUAAGGGGCCUAUUACGCGCCAGGGAAGCCCGAGGCUGCAAGCGCAACGGGACGGUCAGAUGGAGUCCGGAGAUGGGAGCGGACAAGCGUACCAGCAUAUCGCUGAUAGUGACAUGUCGCCUGGCACGGAGAGGGCACAUCACGCCCAACAAGCGCAGCAGAUAACGGAGAUGAUGAUGGAGGAGGGGAUGCUCCUUGACAACCAGAGCAUAUGGGACUUGGAUGGGAUGCUCUGGGGCAACUUGCCGGACGGUCUUGAUAUGCCGUUUGACGGGAUGCCGAAUGGGGAUGACGAAGGUAUGCAAUAUGGCCAGGGGCAAUACGAUAACAGCUACAUGAUGAACCAAGGAUAAUUUUACCUUGCUCUGGGGCACGCGAUGUAUCUACGACUGGACUGCUUGUUGGAUAGGCGUCAGGGUGUUUUGAACAUGGAUGAAAGGGCUUGGAUUCCUGGUAUAUGUUUAUACCUUUGGCAGGACUGAUGUAUGGGGCCAUCAUAUACCUAUUUAUGUUUUUACAUAUUCACGAAUUUCUUAUUGGUAUCUCGCAAUAAGGAGGAAAAAUAGUCAAGGCAAAGACUGGAUUGUUAGGUAGCAGAAAUGGAAUCCACGGCCUCUGGG